AUUUCACCCCACCUUGACUCUCAACCCCUCGACUCCUUUAUCAUGAACUUUUGAACUUUGACUUUAUCUUCAAGAUUGCUGUCAGCCAACAUUGAAUAAUAUUACACAACAUAAAACACACUUAAGUCAAAGUUACAUAAGUCAAACCACCAAAAAUGCCUCGAGAUCCCUUGAUCGGCCUCGUCGGCAAACCCUCCGCUGGGAAGAGCACGACCUUGAACAGCUUAACCGAUGCGACGUCCAAAGUUGGAAACUUUCCAUUCACCACCAUCGACCCCCAGCGAGCCAUCGGCUACCUCCAAAUAACAUGCGCCUGCGAACGCUUCAACGUGAAGGAGAAAUGCAAGCCCAACUACGGAGCCUGCGUCGACGGCCACCGCUCCGUACCCAUCGAGCUUCUCGACGUAGCCGGGCUCGUCCCCGGAGCACAUCAAGGCCGGGGCCUGGGUAACAAGUUCCUCGACGACCUCCGGCACGCAGACGCCCUGAUCCACGUCGUGGACGCCAGCGGGCGGACAAAUGCCGAGGGCGAGAACACGCGGGGCUACGACCCGUCCCAGGACAUAGCCUGGCUGCGCGGCGAGAUCGUGGCGUGGAUCAAGGGGAACCUAUGGGAGAAGUGGGGCUCCAUAAAGCGGCGGCACGUCGCCGUCAAGGCCACCGCCGUCGAGACCCUGCAGGGGCAGUUCUCGGGGUACGGGAGCACGGCGUCGGUGGUAGCGCGGACGCUGGACCGCCUGGCCCUGAAGGAGCCGCUGGAGCACUGGAGCGAGGAGACGGUGGACCGCGUCGUCGGCGCGUUCACGGACGAGAAGUUCCCCACGGUGAUCGCGCUGAACAAGAUCGACGACGCCGACGCCUACACGAACCUCAUGAAGAUCACCAAGAUGCAAGACCCCAACAUGGUGGUCGCCUGCUCCGCCAAGGCCGAGCUGUUCCUGCGCAAGAUGGCCAAGCAGGGCUACAUACGGUACACGGAGGGGACCGAGUUCGUCGACACGCGCGAGGACCUAAUCGCGGACGGCGACCCCGACGGCGGCGGGUUAAAGGAGCUCGACGAGAAGAACAAGGCGCUGAUCGAGGAGUACAGAGACAUGAUCCUGUUCCGGUACGGGUCCACGGGCGUCGUGCAGGUGCUCUCCAAGGCCGCCGAGAUCCUCGGCCUCGUGCCCGUCUUCCCCGUGCGCAACAUAUCCACCUUCAGCUCGGGCUCCGACACAAAACACGCCUUCCGCGACUGCGUCCUCGUCAAGAAGAACUCCACCGUCGGCGAUGUCGCGCGCAAGGUCAUGGGCGAUGCGCCUGUCGCCUACAUCGAGGGCGUCGGGAACGUGCGGGUUUCUGAAGACGCGUUGGUUGGGGUGGGAAAGAACGAUGUGCUAUCAUUCAAAAUAGGGCGAGUAUAGUUAAUCUUAUAUAUAAACAUAUACCUCCCUCCCUAGGUUAGGCAUUUAUUCAAAAGAAACCAUCUCACGUCGCAAUAUAGAUAGAUAGAUACCUACUUCCCAUCUACCUAGUACCUACGUGCCUGCUAUUAUGUACUUAGACACACACUUGGCUUAUACCUACCUACCUACCUACCUACCCUUCACCACAAUGUACAUUCGGUAUAAUUAUACCUACAGCACGGUAGACACACCCACUCACUUUCUAGCAACCUCAAAACUAGCCCUUGCACACCUACCUACAUACCCUACCCUAAGUAGUAAUUAUGUAGGUUAAACAUCUCGGCUCACACUCGGCAAGUGGUCUGACUUGGUUAUUUGUACCUCGCAUGAUUGCUGCUUAUCACAUACCCAAUAUAUAGAUAUGUAGGUAACGAUCAGCA